CCGGCUCGGUGCGCUCUGUGAGCAGGCAGCACUAAUCAAACAGAGACAUCGAGCGGCUCGCUGCUCCGCACAAACCGGAGAAACGGUCGCGAGCCGCCCGGUAACGGACCCCAGCGAGUCACCGACGGGUUUAACGUUAACGGAGUGACGUCACCAGAUGAGCUCCGGCAUUAGGAACCAGCGGGAAGGUGUCCGUCAUGCUGAAGCUCCCCCUGGUGGUCACCGCUCAGGUAGACCUGGUUCUGGUCCUGGUCUCUCUGUUGGCCCUCUGGACCCGACUGAGUCGCCUCAGUUACCCCAACGCCGUGGUGUUCGAUGAGGUGUACUAUGGUCAGUUUGUGUCUCUCUACAUGAAGAGAGUCUUCUUCAUCGAUGACAGUGGACCCCCACUCGGUCACAUGAUCCUGGCCCUCGGAGCCUAUGUGGGAGGAUUUGACGGGAACUUUGUGUGGAACCGAAUCGGAGCAGAGUAUCCCAGCAGUGUCAGUGUGUGGAGUCUGCGGUUGCUGCCGGCUCUUUGUGGAGCGCUCUGUGUUCCUCUGGUCUACCUGUUGACUCUGGAGCUCAGACUCUCUCACCUGUCAGCUCUGGGAGCUGCACUGCUGCUGCUGCUGGAGAACUCUCUCAUCGUCCAAUCACGUUUCAUGUUGCUGGAGUCUGUCCUCAUCUUCCUUGUUUUAUUGGCCUUCUUCUCAUACCUAAGAUUCCACAACGCCCCCGACAGCUGGUCCAGGUACAGCUGGCUGCUGCUGUCCGGAGCAUCGUGCGGUGCGGCCGUUGGGGUGAAGUACAUGGGCGUGUUCUCCUACCUGCUGCUGCUGGGCGUGGCCUCUCUGCACACCUGGAACCUGAUUGGAGACCGAACAGUCAGUCAUCUGAGUGUGUGUGUGCAGUGCGUGUGUCGUGUUGUGUGUCUCCUCGUGGUUCCGGUUCUUCUCUAUGUGUUCUGGUUCUACGUCCACCUGAGCCUCCUGCACCGCAGCGGACCACAUGACCAACUGAUGAGCUCCGCCUUCCAGGCCAGUCUGCAGGGCGGGCUCUCCAGGAUCACUCAGGGUCAGCCUCUGGAAGUCGCUUACGGCAGUCAGGUGACUUUAAGAAGCUCCGCCUCCCAGCCAAUCCCCUGCUGGCUCCACUCUCAUAAAGCGAACUACCCAAUCAGGUACGAGAAUGGGCGGGGCAGCUCUCACCAGCAGCAGGUCACAUGUUACCCCUUUAAAGACGUCAACAACUGGUGGAUCAUCAAAGACCCCGACAGACAGGAGCUGGUGAUCAGCAGUCCUCCUCGUCCUGUCCGUCAUGGUGAUGUCAUCCAGCUGGUUCAUGGAAUGACCUCACGCUUCCUCAACAGUCAUGAUGUUGCAGCUCCCAUGAGCCCUCACGCACAGGAGGUGUCGGGUUACAUCGACUUUAACGUUUCCAUGGCAUCACAGAACCUGUGGAGAGUGGACAUCUCUAACAGGGAGGCGGAGUCAGAGUCGUGGAAGACGAUCCUGUCUGAGGUCCGAUUGGUCCACGUCAACACGUCAGCUGUACUCCGGCUGAGUGGCGUGUCUCUUCCAGAGUGGGGUUUCCGUCAAUUGGAGGUCGUCGCUGAAAAACUCUUUAAGUCUCAGAGCAGCAGUUUGGACUGGACAGUCGAGGAGCACCGAUACGGAACCAGUCAUGAGCAGAAGGAGAGAGAGGCGGAGCUUCAUUCUCCCACGCACAUCGACGUUGAUAGAAAAAUCUCCUUCUGGGCCAAAUUUAUGGAACUUCAGUGGAAGAUGCUGACGGUGAAACAGGAAGACUCUGAGCACAAGUAUAGCUCCUCACCCCUUGAGUGGAUCGCCAUGGAAACCAACAUCGCAUACUGGCUGCACCCGUCCACAAACGCUCAGAUCCAUCUGAUUGGUAACCCUGUGUCGUGGGGCGUGGCCAACAUCAGCCUGUUGGCCUAUCAGCUGCUGGGUGUCAUCUACCUCCUGAGGAGGAGGCGGGGCUUCAAAGACCUCCCUGAUGCUGUGUGGUGUCAGUUUGUGUGUGUUUGGUGUGUGUGUUUUGGUGGUUGGUUGGUGAACGUGGCUCCGUUCUUCCUGAUGGAGAAAACUCUCUUCCUGUAUCACUACCUGCCUGCCCUCUGCUACCUGUACCUGCUGAGCCCCGCCCUGCUGGAGCACACACACACUCACCUGCUCAGCAGUGCGACACCUCGUCGUGUUCUGUGUGUGUGUGUCUCGCUCGUGGCGCUCGCCGUCUUCCUGUCCUAUCACACCUUCAGUCCUCUGACCUACGGCAGCCCAGAGCUGUCAGCCAAUCAGCUGCAAGCACUCAGGUGGAGAGACACGUGGGACAUCUUGUACCGUCGCCGCUGAGGCCUGAUUGAUGUGUGACAUCACUUCCUGACUCUGAUGACGUCUGAAACAGGAAGAAGAUAAAACGACAAAAUAAAAGAAAAAAUAAAGUUUGAAAACUUCAAA